AUGUUUACCGUCAAGGCCACCUACCGAAACGAAACCCGCAAGUUCUCUUAUUCAGCCAGCACUCGCUUUCCUUCCUAUGACGACCUCCACCAGCAGCUCUGUAGAGUCUUUCCCAUCCACCAUCCUUAUUACUUUUCAAAGCUUAUAUUUUCCCCUGACGCUUCCCAGCCCUCUCGCCUCUUGAUUGGAAGGGAGGUUCACUCGGCUGAUGAAUAUAAUACUUGUGUUGCCCCUAUGCUGCAUCUCUCCUGGUCCAACGCUUUGCUGCGCUUCACCGUUUAUGCCGAGACUCCUGAUAAGGCCUCAAGCGUUACAUCCGGUCCGGUGGAACACAGCGUUAAGCCAGUCUCUGAAUUUUACUUUUCUGGUACUCCAGCCACUGCCGUCUCCAACAAGACCCCUAGUCCGAAUGGCCCGUAUCAUUACAUUUCGUCUGCCUUAUCUCCUUCCCAUGUACCUCCGCCUCCCAUUAUAUUUCCUUCCCCUCGUCAAAGCAUUCAAUUUCCCUCUCCACCUCUCCCAUUUGUUGAUAAAUCCGUCACCAUAAGUUCACAUGCCUCGUCUCAACAAAAUGGGUCAAUUUACUGCAAUACCAAGAUGCAGUCUCCAGCUUCCCAUGAUUGUUCCGCAUCGCAAGGCAAAGCUGAAAUCCAGGCCCUCUUAUCAUCAUUCAAGGAAGAUUUGGAUCAAUUAUUAUCUAAUUUAUUUGGCUCUGCACAUGACGCCGGCUCGGAGCACAUCAAUAAAGGCGGGGAGAUUGAGACUAAAGUGGAAUCCAAUUUAUCGGAGAAUGAGGACAGGUCGAUGGCUUCCCCUGUGCAUGAGGAACAGGGUCCUGCUUCGCCUGAACCACCUAAAUGGUGUUUCGUGUGCAGAGCACAGUUCAAUGGGCCGUGGUACGGGUGCAUAAAGUGUCCUUGGCAUUCUGUGUGUGUAACCUGUAUUGAUAAAUCUGGACCGACGCAUACAUCUAGUUUCGGUCCAAGUCAUGUUGUAGAGCGGCAUGCCUCAUCUCGUGCAACUUUACCUAAUGCCCCUCCCAAUAUUCCUUCUGACGUGAAUGCAGGAGGCGAUUCUAGAGUUACAGAUGUCCCGCCUUCUAUUCAUAGAGGUGUAAUGUGUGAUAACUGUAACGAGAUCAUUGUAGGAAUCAGACAUAAAUGCUUGGAUUGCGAAGAUUAUGACCUUUGUGGCGUUUGUAUGGGAUCAGGAACUGCUGGGCGACACAAUCCAUUCCACGAGUUUUUCGACAUAGCGACGCCAGGUCGGGUCUUUGUGCAUACUGUUUUCAACCGGGGUCCUCCGAAUGACGGAAGUGUUAAUAACGCGGAACCACAUUCAUCUUUGCGCAGAGAAAAUGAGCGAGAUAUUGGUGCUGGGCAUAUACUACAUAAUGCAACGUGCAAUUUAUGCGAUUCACCCAUUGAAGGUGAUCGCUACAUUUCGACACUUGUUACAAUUAGGGAUUAUUUAGCUUUCGAGUAUUAUAAUGAAUCGACCUGGCUUAAAACAGUUUUACGAAGAAUAACACAUGAGCAACAUCCAAAUCAUGGCUUCGUCAAAGUCGAAAAACCGGAAAAUCUAAUGAUGCGCAACGCAUUGUCUGUUAGUUCAACCAAGCAUUAUGCAACUUGUAACGCUUGUAAACAGCGCAUCUGUGGAGUUCGAUACAAGUGUAUGCACACUAAUUGCCCAGACUUUGACCUUUGCGCGAGCUGCGAAGCAUUACCAAUUCCUGUUCACCCCGCGAUUCACCCAUUGUUGAAGAUGAAGACGGUUGAUACUGUGAUCCCCACCGUGUACAGGUUCGGGCAGAAGAGUCUCAUAGAACAAUAUGGUGGAGAGAUGGCAUUUUCAGAUUUACCGACACGAAACUCUUCUCAUUGCGAUCGUUCACGCUCUUCCUCGGCAUCUUUUGGUACUCCGAAGGUCGAUACAAGAGAUAUUGUAGCGUCAUUAUCUCCGGGGCCCGAUGGUCUUCAGCAUUAUGCACAUACAGCACAAGUAUCGGAUACAGGGAAACCGGUUGAAGUAUUUGAGUCCCGCAUUCACACACCCUUGGCUGUAUUGACGUCUCAAAUUAUCUCGCGCAACGGAUGUGAAAUGUCUGUUGGUAAAGAGGAGGAAGAGCCACCUUAUCCUGCCUUCAAAAGCCCACUUGUUCGUCCGUCGUCGUGCUCUGCGCAUUCUAGCGAAGACCAGGUUGCUCAUUCGGUUUUAAUGCCUUCUCAAUCACCGCCCGCAGAGGAAAGUAAUCUUCCUGCGCAUUUGCCCGACUCAAGUUAUGAUACAUUUCACGAGUCAUGGCCCGGAUUUUCCCGAGGAAUAAAGCAUCUGACACGGUCGCACUCUUCGUCCAGUAAGGCCCAAGAGAGCCUCGUCGAGCUGUCACUUGGAACUGGUUUUACUCGUCCUCAUGGUUCUGGGUCUGUGGGGGACCUUGUGGCGCCUUCUCUCUUUGAGCCUGACGUGCAAAUGGUGCAAAUGAGCCCAUCGGUGGUUACGUCUGCUCCUCGCUCUCCUUCUAUAUCAACCUGUCUGGCGGCUUCUACGUAUGCGGCCCCAGUGAAUGUCGAAGAAGAAGCUCAAAGUAACCAGAAGAUGACGCCGCAAAUUCCUUCAACAUAUCCCCGGCUCAAUUCAGCUUUUCUUGCCGAUACUACUGUUCCCGAUGGGCAAAUUUUUCCUCCUGGUGCGGAAUUCGUGAAGUCAUGGCGGUUACUGAACAAUGGUGAUAAUGCGUGGCCUGAGACGACUGAAAUCCAAUUUCUGGCUGGCGAAUCUUUUGCGCAUGACUCCGAGCAGUUAGCUAAGGUUGGGAAGGUGGAUCCCGGAGAAGAAAUUGAUGUUUGGACUGGCGAGUUGAAGGCACCUGAAGUCGCAGGUAGAUAUGUCAGCUACUGGCGACUGAGCGAUGGUCAAGGCAAUCUUUUUGGUGGUAGUAUCUGGGUUGACGUCACCGUUGUCGAACACAACAACGUUGAAGAAGCUAGUGAAGACUCGCUGGCCUCGUCUUCUAUCAUCAUGCCUGCAUAUGCGUCAUCUGCAGUGAUUGAUCAUUUAUCUCAUCGUAAGGCUUUUUCAGUUGAAUUGGCAUCUCUUGCGACAUCAAAACCAGCCACAAACGAAGCCCUUUCUGACGAUGGUUCCUCAUUCUCGUUGAUAAGCAAUUCACCAUCUGACCAUGGCGACUUGAGCGUAUGGCAGGACAGUCCCUUAUAUGUAGAAGUGCCUACUCCGGAGUCUGCCACUCCCGCAGAAUAUGUGGUUUUGUAUGACAGCAGCUCGUCGGAAGAAGAUUGA